GACGACUCGCCUGUAUAAAAGCGGGUGGACGCGCGGCGUUCGCUCAGAAUUUGAGCAUUCGUCAGCCUCGACGCGAGUCUGAAGCUUGCACCUGCGUCUGUUCGAACGCAACCUCGUCCCUACAGCAGAAAUGGCUCUCUUCCCGAUGCUGUACCGCGACAACUGGGGUCCCUCCGAGUUCGCCCGGCGGUUUUUCAACGACGACUUCGGCACCUCUUUCCUCGACGGUGAGCUGUUCGACCCGCCGUUCCUUCACCAGCGGUUCUACCUGGAGCCCAGCCGGCUGGGUCAAGCCGUCGCGGAGCGGCAACAGCAACCGGGCGCGUCCGUGGCCUGCACUGGCGACAAGUUCGCCAUCAACGUCGACACUCGACACUUCAAGCCGGAAGAGAUCACCGUCAAGACCAAGGACAACAGCGUCAUCAUCCACGGCAAGCACGAAGAGAAGUCGGACGACCGCGGCUGCUACGUGAAGCGCGAGUUCACCCGCCGCUACGUCCUGCCCGAGGACGUGGACCCCGAGUCUGUGAAGUGUCAGCUGACUCCGACGGGCUACCUUGCUCUGGAAGCUCCUCGCAAGAACCCGCCUCCGAAGAGGGACGAAGGCAAACCGAUACCCAUAGAAGUUCGCCACGAGUCCAGCGGCAGCGGCGACAAGAAGUGAGCACUAACUAUGAACUGGACUUUCUUUUGUUUUGUGUGUGCAAGGAUUCAGUAAUUUAAGAAAAAUGUUUCUUUGACUCAACUGGCGUGGCCGCUGAGCUAGCGGCGACUUCGGACCACUAGAAGACAAGUAAACCAAAGCGGGAAGACCUUUGUUGCGAGCUGGUCUCGGAGCCUUCCUCGCCUCAACUUUUUUUUUUUUUUUUUUGUACUAGUGCGCAAGUUUGAUUUGCG